AUGGCUCAAGGCAAGGACAACUUCGUGAGCGAUGUUUGGCGCGAUGGCCUUUUCGAGAACAAGGUUGUCUACUGCACCGGCGGAAACGGCACCAUAUGCUCUGCUCAGGUCAAGGCACUUGUGUACCUAGGCGCCAACGCUUGCAUUGUUGGCCGUAACACGAACAAGUCAAAAGCAAUGGCGCAAGAGAUCGCGGCGGUGAGGUCUGGAGCCAGAGUCAUAGGCUUGGGGGGAGUGGAUGUGCGAGACGUCAAGGGGCUACAGGACGCAGCAGAUCGUUGUGUAGAGGAACUGGGAAGUAUUGACUAUGUCAUAGCUGGUGCUGCGGGGAAUUUCCUUGCGCCAGUACGCGAGUUGAGUCCCAAUGCCUUCAAGAGCGUCAUCGACAUUGAUGUCCUCGGGUCGUAUAAUACGGUCAAAGCUACGCUCCCGCACCUGAUCAGAAGCGCCUCCAAGAACAGUGUCAACCUCGUCAAUGACAUGAGCAGGUCUCAAAGUGCUGGUGGGAAAAUCAUUUUCAUCUCAGCAACAAUGCACUAUACUGGCACACCACUGCAAGCACAUGUCUGCGCGGCCAAGGCUGCUGUGGAUGCCCUCGCACACGCAAUUUGCAUCGAGCAGGGGCCUCUGGGAGUCACGAGCAACGUCAUUAGCCCCGGCCCAAUUGCAGAUACAGAAGGCACAAGUCGCUUGUUUACCGGAGAGAAACAAGCUCUCGUCAAGCAGAUACCAGCCGGAAGAUUGGGAUCCAUCAGAGACGUCGCUGAUGCAACCAUCUAUCUUUUCAGCAACGCCGGGAACUAUGUCAAUGGCGAGGUGCUGGUCGUCGAUGGCGGUGGAUGGCAUACCAAUUUCCAACCUAGUGUUGGCUCAUUUGUGUACCCCGAUUUCUUGCUUGGCAGGGAGGCCGUCACUGGAGUGAAAGGACUGAAGGAGAAAUUAUAA